UUUACCGAAAUAAAAAGCUGAUUUCAUCGUAAAUUUGCAUAAUUUAGGAGAGGCGACGCCAAAGGAAUACUUUCUUAUGUUGCUGAAGCGGACGUCUAUUAACAUUGAUCGAUUUUUGUUUACUAAAUAAUUGUGAAAGAUGCCAUCUAAUGAUAUUGGUGACUGGUACCGAGGAAUUCCACAAAUAUCCAAAUACUGGUUCACUGGGUCAGUGAUCAUUCCGCUUGCUGCAAGAUUUAAUUUCCUGGAUUUUAAUAAUCAAAUUUUGUUGUUCGAACCUGUUAUUUACAAAUUACAGAUAUGGAGAUUGGUGACUUCAGUACUGUAUUAUCGAAUAACUCCAAGCACGGGAUUCAAGUACCUCGUGAACCUCUAUCUCCUGUAUUCAUAUUCCACAAGACUUGAAACUGGUAUAUUUGAUGGGAGACCAGCAGAGUAUGUGUUUAUGUUGCUGUUUAACUGGCUCUGCCUUGUUGUAUCCUUCAAAAAAUUCAAAUAGAAUCGCGGAUGUGUGUCUAAUUGUAGUCAUUACUGGUUCCAGGGUUUUCUGUUUUUUAGUCUGCAACAAGCAACACACCCAUACAUAGAAUGGAAACGCUUGAUUUGGCGAAUUCGGAUGCGUAAUUUUCACCUGGAGCACAUUCCGAUUCCUUUCGUGGAGUCCGCGUAUAUACACAACUGUUAAACAUAAGAAAUAUGAAAUUAAUCAGAUGAAUGUUUUUUUUUUCGGCGACGCCGUCUAAAUUCGUUUUCGUUACCUAUGCCACGUGACUUCAGUUUGCAAAUCAAACUACUUGAUAACGCAUUAUAGAUAGUUUAUCAAAAUGGAAGAUUUAUUCUACACUCUGCCUGAUUGGACGAGAGUGUCAAUUUCUUUCACUCUGUUGAUUGUGCUACGCUGAGUGAAAUGUAAACAAAGCGUUUAUCCUAAACGACGCUGUUCACAGUUUUAAAGCUAACUUUGGCUCAGUAUAUUUAGCAAGAAUAUUGAUAUAUCUCAAAAUGAUAAGUAAGUUUAAUAAAUAUGAUAAAAACCUGUUCAAAUACCAACAUAUAUCAAAUUAAAGAAAGAGCUGAAUACGGUCUGCGUAUCACAUGAAUAAGGGUGUGAUAAGAGUCUUUUAUGUAGAGAAGUGCUUUUUAAAAGAUUUUCCUUGCUACAAUUGUCGUCUGUAUAUGAAAAGGUUUCUUGCUUUUGUGACUUAUUCAGAUUGCAUAUUAAAAUGAGUACUUGUUUGCUUUAAUAUAUUUGUUAUAAAUUAUUUAACUGAUUUAUUGAAUAUUUUUCUUUAGUAUGGUAUGCAAAUAUUGAACUCAGUUGAAAUCUGUUUUAUUAUAUAUAUGCUAUAUAAUGACUGAAUCUCAUUACACUGAAAUGAAGGUACGCUGCAUACAGUUUAUCUAUGUGAUAUGACUAUGGUCAAACUUUGCUUAUGAAACAGAAAUAUUGAAAUAAUUACAAUUGUAUGUUUUGCUUGACCUUCACUUUUUUAUAGGUGUGACGUCAUUGUCCAAAGAUUCAUGAAUAGCGAAUAUGCUAUUUGUUAAAGCGGGAUCAGUUGGCCUAUUUUAGAAAUAAAUAAAAAUAAUAACUAAAA